AUGCCUGAAGCUCAUCCAGCCUUCGUCAAUGCGGGGAAGAAACAAGGUUUAGAAGUUUGGAGGGUUGAAGACUUCGAACCGGUUCCAGUGCCUCCGAACCAACAUGGAAAUUUUUACUCCGGUGAUUCUUACAUCGUACUCAAGACGACAGGUUCAAACCAUUUCACCUGGGAUAUCCACUUCUGGUUGGGCUCAAAAACGAGCAUGGACGAAGCUGGAGCGGCCGCCAUCCUGUCUGUCAACUUAGAUGAUGAACAGUUUAACGGGGACGCGGUUCAACAUCGAGAGACGCAGGGCCACGAGUCCAGACAAUUCCUCAGUUAUUUCGAACCAGCUAUCAGAUAUAUGGAUGGUGGCCACGCGUCAGGCUUCAGCCAUGUGACGGUCAACGCUGGGACUGAGAAGAGGCUGUUCCAGAUCAAGGGCAAGAGGAAUGUUCGAGUGAAGCAGGUGGAAGCCUCAGUGAACUCGAUGAACAAAGGCGACUGCUUCAUCUUGGACGUCAAUCACGACAUAUUUGUGUACGUCGGCGAUGGUUCCAAGAGCGUGGAGCGUCUCAAGGCCAUCACUGUCGCCAACCAGAUUAAGGACCAGGAUCACAACGGUCGAGGCAAUAUUGAGAUCAUAGAUCCCUACUCAAACGAGGGUGAUUUGGGCAAAUUCUUCGAGGCUCUCGGAUCCGGAGAUCAAGAUUCAGUGCCGGAAGCCACUGAUGGUGGUGAUGAUGAAGAGUUUGAACGCGGCUCAACCCAAGAAGUAACCUUAAGUGAGAUCUCAGACAAGACUGGUCAGAUCGAAAUAAAGAAGAUCGCCGGCCCGUUGAAGCAGGAACUUUUGGAUUCACAGGAAUGCUAUAUCUUGGACACUGGAAGCAGUAUCUAUGUCUGGGUUGGAAAGAAAUCCAAUGGCAAGGAAAAGUCCGUUGCGAUGGACAAAGCGAAACAGUACUUAAAGGCCAACAACUAUCCAGCUUGGGUACACAUUUCAAAAGUGACAGAAGGUGCGGAGCCCGCUGCGUUCAAACAGUACUUCGAAGACUGGAACUAA